UUUCACAAAGCAUCUUAAGUGCUUUAAUGAAAGAAAACCUGUCUUUUUGUACGAAAUGAGUUAACACAGUUAAUGUCACAAAUUUGCUUAUUUGAUUACUGAUCAUACAUUGUGUGGAAUGUUUUUUUUGGAUUUUCUCCCCUUUUCUCCCCAAUGUGGAAUGCCCAAUUCCCAAUGUGCUCUAAGUCCUCGUGGUGGUGUAGUGACUCACCUCAAUCCGGGUGGUGGAGGAUGAAUCUCAGUUGCCUCCGCGUCUGAGACCGUCAAUCCGCGCAUCUUAUCACGUGACUCGUUGAGCGCGUUACUGCGGAGACGUAACGCGUGUGGAGGCUUCACGCUAUUCUCCGCAGCAUCCACGCACAACUCACCACACUCCCCACCGAGAGCGAGAACCACAUUAUAGCGACCACGAGGAUGUUACCCCAUGUGACUCUACCCUCCCUAGCAACCUGGCCAAUUUGGCUCGUGAUAUGCGAAUGGCAUGCACGCGCUGCAUGAGUCUGUUGGGUAUACUGCAGUCUCGUCACAUUUUAACUUUUUGUUUAGCCUCCCAUUCAGCUGAUGAAAACACGCUGCGAGAUCAUGAGGAAGGAUUACAUCAAGAUGUAGAUUGAAAUGCAGGUGCGAAUUUAUAUAAAUAAAAUAGUCUACUCCUCUCUCGCCGUUGCUGGCAUGCCAGUGAUCACCCCUCUGCGUGCCAUAGGUUGCCAACCCCUGCUCUAUGACAUUUGUCAUUGAAUUUUGUUUGUUUAUCCAGACAUGGGCUUUAUUUGUGUUGGUCAGUCAACUGCUUAACACUUGAAAGAAUAAUUAAAUAAACUUUCAGGACACUGUAUUUUAAAGAUAAUUUUGUAAAAAUCCAAAUAACUUUACAGAUCUUUAUUGUAAAGGGUUUAAAAUGUUUUCCAUGCUUAUUCAAUGAACCAUAAACAAUUAAUGAACAUGCACCUGUGGAACGGUCGUUAAGACACUAACAGCUUACAGACGGUAGGCAAUUAAGGUCACAGUUAUAAAAACUUAGGACACUAAAGAGACCCUUCUACUGACUCUGAAAAACACCAAAAGAAAGAUGCCCAGGGUCCCUGCUCAUCUGCAUGAAUGUGCCUUAGGCAUGCUGCAUGGAGGCAUGAGGACUGCAGAUAUGACCAGGGCAAUAAAUUGCAAUGUCCAUACUGUGAGACGCCUAAGACAGCACUACAGGGAGACAGGAAGGACAGCUGAUCAUCCUCGCAGUGGCAGACCACGUGUAACAACACCUGCACAGCAUCGGUACAUCCGAAUAUCACACCUGCGGGACAGGUACAGGAUGGCAACAACAACUGCCCGAGUUACACUAGGAACGCACAAUCCCUAUUAACCAUUAUCUAUUAACCAUGACCUCUAGAAAGUUUAACACAAAUCUCAUAAUUUUUUGAUUCAACAAACAGCUUCAACAGCGAUCGUCAAGGACAUUAUUUGAUAUUUUUUACUUUCAGAAUCUGGAUGAACUUUAUUACCAAUUGCUGGUGAAAUCUCCAAGCUGCAAAUGUAGGAACUGAAUUUGGACUUUGUGCUGAGAGGUGAUAUUAAAACGUCUUAGCGCAAUGACAUAUUUCUCAGGAAAAUAGCAAAUUGCGAUUUGCGGCACUUAAUUUACAUACAAUACACCCACAGUUUGCACGCAUACACCCAGAGUAGCACAACACAUACACUCCCACCCUCGCCCACUUGCGCUGGCAAGAAAAUUGCACUUAGAUUUGUGAAAAUUGGAUAAGAUGGUCAUAGCGCUGCGCUUUGCGAACUCAGGAAAAUAGAGCCAAUAAUUUGUAGACGGUACCUUAAAGAUUGUUCACCACCAUCUAUAGAGAUCAGUGCUUUGUUCACUUUUUAAAAACAUUGUUCAAGAGAAAACAGCAUUGUAGUUGAUUGAUAUACUUGCCAAUAUUAAUAAUUAACUGAUACCAACCUUUUUGGACCCACCAUUAGAAACCAAUUGAGAGAAGAAAUGUUAUAUAUGAAACCAACUUUACCACAGUGUGGAGCAUGGUUAAAAACCUUGGUAUUACUAUAGUAGAUUUUCAGAACACCAUAUGGAAUUACCAUGGUGCCAUGUUCAAAAAACUUUGUUAGUAUGAUGGUAGGCCUACCAGACCUCAAGUGAGUGUUGCAUGACCUCCUGUCAGAGUUAUAAUGACCUAUAAUGUGUGGAUAUGAAUGGAUGGAUGUUCUUGCAGUCCUGUCUCUAAGGAACAUUAUAAAGCGGGCAUGCUGCUCAGUGGUGUAGGAGAUGCGAUGGGAUACAGGAACGGGCUGUGGGAAUUUAACAAUUCCGGUCCUGCCAUCCACAAGGAACUGCAAAACCUCGGAGGACUGAAAAACAUCUGUGUAAAGCUUCCUGAUUGGCCAGUUAGUGACGACACAGUGCUUCACCUGGCAACUGCUGAAGCUCUAGCAACAGGUAAAGAAGGUGAGGCGUUACUUCAUGAGGUUGCCUUGCGUUAUGUGAAGGCAAUGAAGGACAUGGAUGACAGGGCGCCAGGAAAUACAUGCAUUCUGGGGGUUUCACAGUUGCGUCCGGGCACUGAAGGGGGUUACAGGGUCCCCUACAAUCCAAGGAGCGCUGGGUGUGGGGCAGCUAUGAGGUCCAUGUGCAUUGGCCUUAGAUACCCUAAUCCCGAGCAGCUGUCCUCACUGGUUGCAGUUGCUGUGGACACUGGACGAAUGACUCAUAAUCAUCCAACUGGAUUUCUCGGUGCUGUGGCUGCAGCUUUGUUCACUGCCUACGCGGUCCAGCGCAGACCAAUCAUGAGCUGGGGUUUGGGUUUGUUGGAGGAAGCUUGUCCUGUAGCAAAGCAGUAUGUACAGACUGCGGGAUAUGCUGUUGACGAGACAGAGAAAGACUGGGGCUACUUUACUGACAAAUGGAAAUGGUAUUUGGAUCUCCGGGGUUUGUCUUCUGGUACUGGUCCAGUUGUCUGGCCUGAACCAUACGGUUUAGCUGAACGAGACGGUGCCUACAAGAGCUUCAGCCUGUCUGGGUGGGCUGGUAGCUGCGGUCAUGAUGCUCCAAUGAUAGCUCUGGAUGCUCUGUUGGCGGCGGGCUCAGACUGGGAGGAGCUAAUGAGUCGAGCAGCAUUUCAUGGAGGAGACAGUGACAGCACCGCAGUGAUCGCCUGCUGCUGUUGGGGUCUGCUGUACGGGACAAGGGGAGUGCCCAAGUCUAACUAUAGUAACCUGGAGUACAGGGACCGACUGGAGAGCACGGCUAAAAAACUGUAUGCUCUUUCUCACUAAUGAAGAGGCAAAACUCACACAGGAAAACACGCCUCAUAUAAACACAGAAAAAGAUGGAAUUAAAAUAAUUAGAGUUUUUAACUAAUUCAGUAAAUUAAGGUAUGCCAGUGUUUAGAAGUGUUUAACUCGUUAUUUAGCAGACUUUUGUGUAUUUGCAUAACGUUGAACCAGUGUUAUUUUCAUUAACAAAAACUAAAGUCAGUUUGAUUUGUAUAGCACUUUUCACAACACACAUAAUUUCAAAGCAGCGUUAUAGAAAAUUAUGCUUUAAGACAUUACAUAUAUUACAGCUUCUUUUUCGUUAGUCAUAAUAGUGCAGUUUAUUAAAAAAAACAUGAUUGUAAAUUGUGCCUUAAAAUAAAUAAAGUAGUAUAAAUAUAUAAAUAAUAUUUGUAUUUAGACCCCUGAAGGCGACUGUGGCAAGGAACACAAAACUCCAUAUGAAAAAAUAAUUUUCGUUAACUGAAAAAAAUCUACAAUAACCCUGAUUUGUCGUAUCUCCAAAGGUUGCUGACGGCUCAUUUCGCCUCAGUAACUUGCGGCUCAGUUGCUGUGUGAGUGCCUCUUUAGUUGUUUUUUGUACAUUUUAAUUGACAUUUUUUUUACUAUUUUUACCUGGAUUAUGUUGAGAAAUUAAGGCUUUUCAUAGACUAAUUUUCACUACUGUAGUAGCUGCAGGAUAUCAGUAUCCAAAAACUUUUAGGAUGCACAUGCAUGAUUGCUGAAUUCUGUGCUUUAAAACCUUAAAUGAGAAAUACAGUGAAAUAAAUGAUUCAUCAGACAGUAAAA